CUAACAUGUAUACAGUGCUAACGAUAGUUUCGGGAGUAGUCAUCUUCACUCUGAAUUGUGUGAUGUGUCUUGACAAUGGGUUGGCUAGAACACCACCAAUGGGAUGGAACACAUUGAAACAUCUUGGCUGUCGGUUGAAUUGCCAGAGGUAUCCAAACAACUGUCUUGGUGAGAAUGCAAUCAAACGAACAGCUGAUAAAUUGGUAUCGGAUGGUUGGCGAGAUUUGGGUUAUAAAUAUGUGGUACUUGAUGAUUGUUGGUUAUCAAAACAACGUGAUUCAAAGACGAAUAGCAUUAUGGCAGAUCCUUCAAGAUUUCCGAGCGGUAUUAAAUGCAUUGCAGAAUAUCUGCACUCCAAAAAUCUUUCACUCGGUAUAACUCUUGGUUACGGGAACAUGACAUGUUCUGGUUAUCCAGGAAGCAUAAAUCAUUUGGAAUUGGAUGCAAAAACAGUGGCCGACUGGGGAGUAGAUUAUGUAAAGAUGCAUGCCUGCUACUCUGCUGAGAAUACUGCACAAGAUGGUUUUGAAAAAUUUAGCAGAUUACUUAAUGCAACUGGCAGGCCUGUAAUGCUUUUGUGUACUUAUCCAGCAUAUAGAUAUUGGCUUUCAAAUCCCCAUAUGACUGAUUGGAAAAAAUUACAGGAUAGUUGUAAUUUGUGGCGAGUGUCGUCCAACGUGCAAAACAACUGGCAAUCUAUAAUCGGUAUUAUGAAUAGAUAUAAACUUCGCAACGAUGUUUUCCCGAAAUUGGCUGGUCCCGGACACUGGAACGAUCCCGAUAUGUUAGUCUUAGGAUACAACGGACUUUCGGAUGAUCAAAAGAGAGUUCAUAUAGGCAUGUGGUGUAUGUUUGCUGCCCCACUACUGAUGUCAGCUGACAUGGAUAACGUGGAUCAAUUCAGUGCAUCUCUGUUACGCAAUAAACAUUUAUUGGCUAUAGAUCAGGAUAGAGGUGGACAUCAGGCGGAAUUCGUCAAAUCACGAAAUGAUGUACAAUUAUGGAUACGAAAAUUAGAUGAUUGUCCAAUUGGUUGGGCAAUAGCUUGCAUCUACACAAAGGUUGAUGGAGCACCAAUUACUUUCAGCACAAAUCUUGAUGAAUUCAAAUCACAAAUGUAUACAAUAUCAGGAGAUAAGUUCGAAUUACUGGAUGUAUUCACUGGUGAUAGAUUCAAAGAUGUUGGAUUGACAGAGAACUUUACAAUUUCCAUCAAUUCAACUGGAAUAAUGAUGUUUCGAGUAAAUCCGUUUGAAUUGGUUUCUUCUUAACAAUAAAUUGAUGGAUGUUUCUCAUUCCAGAUUUCUGUUGAACUCAGUUCAUUUCACACUAGUUCUGUGAUUUUGACUGAACAGUUAUUGAAUGCAUCAUUACUGAG